AUGUCCAGCAUUCUCAUAGACGACAAUGUCCCCUUUGAUCCAACCAAAUGGAUUGCAAGCGGCAAGAAAUGGGACAGCGAUAUACCCUGGGAGGUUAUAAAAGAAAAAGAUCGUAUUCUCACACCACCAUCUCGAAUCGAAGACAUAUUUCCACGGUCCACUCUCCCAAUCAGCAGCUUCAUUUGUCUCCCUCUGGCCCCGAUCUCCUCUGGGCUUGUCCACUUCGAAGACGCACUGUGGUUCAGCCAUGAGGAGCCAAGUUGUGAUGUCUCACAUCUUGCCAAUCGUAGCAUCCCACCAAUCACGCUGCUUGAUCUUCUGAGCCGCAAAUUUGGGCAGGCAUGGCUGAAUGGGGCAAAGUCAGUCAUCGAUCCUCGGUUCAAUGAAGGGGGGGAACACUUUCCGUUGUACACUUUGACAGUGUGGAGGCGGUUUGCGGAUGUGCUCAAUGCCCAGACACAGUGGAGGCGGGGGAGUAACUGGCUGAAAAAACAGGCCAAUCACUUCAAUACGGGUCCUGUCCAUGAAGCUAUCACAAAUGCGCUCACCUCAAUGUCAUGGGUUGGAUGGAAUGUGCCGCUCAGCUAUCAGCGUGGCACAACAACAUCCAUUGACCUAACGGAAUUCACUGCAUCAGUUUGGCUGCGAACAACAAACAUGGAGAUCAUGCUGGAGAGUUUGCGAGUGCGAGUGGAUUCGGGUGACGGAAACGCAAGCAGAUGGAUUGUUGCGCCAAUGUCCUUUGCAAAGCAGAUUGUAGAGGGCAAAAGAGACGGGUAUUCAAGAGCAACCGCCCCCCUUUUGAUGGAAUAUGAGCGGCUGGUUAAAACAGGAAAGAAGGAUCGACUCAUCUUCAUCACCAACGUCAGCGAUGAGCAUUGGGUUGCGGGGUGCGUUGAUUUCAAAAUGCGGAAGAUUCUGUUUGGCGAUUCAAUGCCUGCCGAAUUCAGAUAUACGCUGCCAAAGAAGCUGCUUCGCGGUCUUCAGCACUGGGCACAGCAUCGAUUUGAAAAUACCUUCUCUUGUGAGCUUGACGGUCUGAGGCAUGGCACUCAACUCGAUGCAUUCUCCUGCGGCUUGGUAGCAAUGAAUACGUGCGAACUGGCUGUGUACCCCGACACAGCGAUGUGGUCUCCCGAGGAUGCAGUCCGAUAUCGAGUUGGACGCUUCAAUGAGUACAUCGACUCUCUAAAGGCACUGCCCUCGGAUUCGGCUCUGACAACAGCCACUGUGCAUCCUGUGGAUAUUAUCGCACCGGCCGAAAAGCAUGAGGAGAUCCAGAAUCUUACUUUGGUUUCUGAGUCGCGCAUAUCGAUCAGACAACUUUUGAAUCCCUUGCCAAAUCGACAGCGCCCAGCCAGUGUUUUAACAACGUCCACCGCAUCCAUGGGUGAUUGUACAGAUGCAGACGUGCUACUGGGAAGGAAUGGAUCUGAAGAUGAGCAGUCCGAGGUCGCAAUCGAUGAAAACGAAGAAAGAGAUGACGGGGAUGAAGAGUCGAGUGAGGAUGAUGGGAACAGAGACGCUUGUGCGGCUGUGUUACCACGUCAAGACGUGUCGACCUCUUCGACGUUGACUGUAACACCAAAAUCGCGUCAAAUGACACUCGGUUCUUUCUUCAAUCUAUCCGGUGUGAAACGGAAAGCUGUCGAGUCGGAAAUUCCAGGCCAUUCCAAGCCUCCAACUCAGAAGAAGUCACGAACGCACGCUAUCAAAAUCCACACACCGCGGUUUGAAGGGAACAGCCGUACAACAAAGUGGUCUAACAAUAUCAAGCAAUUGUUCAUGCAGAACAAGUUCAUAGUUGCGCCGAAGGACUACGACAAGUGGAAGCACGAGAUUUGGGCACUGGAUCCUCACGCUGAGUUUCAUCCUUUACCAGAGUCUAUGAUGACUUGGGAGAACUUCCGGACGAUUCGGCAUGCAAAGUGUGGGACCAAAGUCAAAGUAAAACGGCCAUACGAUGUCUCUCGCUAUCGGGAUCACCUCAAUAAUGGCUGCCCAGUUAUGCAUGACGGAGCUGGGAUGCAGACACUCUUUGCGCAUUUCUCCGAAGGGUGCAGAUUCACAGGCACCGCUCUCUAUUCUCCCGAAAAGGUGGACUGUCAGUUCGAGCCGUGCCCUGGUGUGACUGAGAUGGACAUUCCGCACGUCGAUCAAUAUCUCAAGCGCACUGGAGCACCACCCCAGGGACCUCCAAUUAUUACGUAA